GCCUCCCGGUGCAUUGUAUUAUAGCUCACGAAUAUUUUGGACUCAACUUCCCUCGAUUUCAGAUUAACCGGGCGGCUUUGGGUUUCCAUUAUCUGGACGACACUAAACCAAGCGACAUAGACAAGAAGUGCAGCACGUUUAAAGAAUGAAUGAAAGGCGCGCGGAGGUAUGAGUCAAUACAACAUGAAUAGCUUUAUAGUGUCAAACAAUUUGUCGAAACGAUGUAUCUAGAAGCUCAGGUGUGGUGAAGUCAACUUGAUCAUCUGAUUUGACAAAGGCUUAUUCCAAGUUGACACAAUGCAGGAGGACAGCCGUCGCAGUGCCAGUUACACUGUGCCAUGUGAGGGUUAUGUGGAUGUGGUGGAAUUCAGCCCAUUUGACAACGGCACAGCAGGAUCCCUUCUGGCCUAUGGAGGAAACCAGCUUGUGGUUGUAGGCAGUGUCCGAUUCCAGGAGGAAGAUCUUGAGGUAGAGGGAGUUGAGUUUACGACACUGCAGGUUUUCAGCCACACGUUGCGUGUGGAUGCGCUAGCUUGGAGUCCUGAAUCUCAUCUGGACAAGUUGCCCCAGCUCAUAAGAUUUUGCACCGCAGCGGCUGACUUCAAACUGAGGGUGUUGUCUUCUGACCUACAGAACAAACAUGAAGUCAAGGUUUUUGGCGGUCACACCAGCUUCAUCAAUCACUUGGUGUACGAGCCCACUGAGGGACAACAAAUAGCUUCCGUCAGUGACGACCACACUUGCAGGGUAUGGGACCUGCAGGGCAAUGAGACGACCUCCUUCAGACUGCGUUCCCCUGGCAUCAGUGUAUGCUGGCAUCCCGAGGAGGUCUUCAAGCUGAUGGUAGCUGAAAAGCGGGGGACAAUUCGCUUUUAUGACCUGGUUACCCGGCAGGCUAUUCUGUCGCUGGAUUGCGGCCAGUCUCCACUCAUGUCUGCUGACUGGUGUCUCACCAAUACCAUCAAGGUUGGCGCUGUGGUGGGCAGUGAUUGGCUCAUCUGGGACAUAACCCGCUCCAGUUACCCUCAAGAGAAAAGGCCUGCCCACGUAGGCCGAGCGCGGCUCUUCAAGUGGUCGAGGGCCAAUGAGAACCUCUUCUCCACUACGGGAUGUCCAGGAAAAAUCAGCAGUCAGCUGCUGGUGCAUCAUCUGGGUCACCCACAGAUGGUGGUGCUCUAAGAUAAUACUUUUCUGAGCCCACCUCUAAAGCCAGGGAUCAAGACAAGGAGAACGCAUUCAAAUAAUGAGGCGGGAAAACAAAGGGAUGGAUGAAUCGCCUUUGAAGACUUUAGUUUAAUCUGCUGGUUUGUUGAAUGAUGUCAUGAAGUUUAAAGUCUGGAUAGAGUGGUCUGGAUAAAAGCUAAAUGUCGGUAUAUCAUUAGAGAAUGAUUACAACAAUUCAUAUACAGACGAGGAAGUGUGUUGGUACCCUUACAGUUCAUUGAAAUUAGGUUUCAUUCCUCCUGAAAAAUUAUGGCAUUUAAAGCUAUUGCAUCAUGAAUACUUGCAUGCCUUUGGAAUGUCAUAGAACAAAGAAAUGAAGCUGUGAAUCUCAAUCUACUAAAAUUUUCUCAAAUGGCCUGGACAUAUUUGUUGGUACCCCUUUGAAAAUAUAAUACAUAAUUGGUUCAUCAAACCAGUUAGUUUCUUUAAUUAGUAUAACACAUAUCUUAUAAUCAGUCAUUUCAGACCUUUUCAAAUAAAGGAAAGUAGUCUCUGUGUUUGGUAUCAUUGUGUGCACCACACUGAACAUGGACCAGACAAAGCAAAAGAGACUUGUCUGGGGGAAUCAGACAGAAAAUAUUAGACAAGCAUGGUACAGGUAAAGAAUACAAGACUAUCUCCAAGCAGAUUGAUAUUUGCAGAUUGACAGUUGCAAAUAUUAUUAAAGAAUUUCAAGGUACAUGGAAUGGAAUUGUAGCAAAACUCCCUGGGUGAGGCCUCGAGUAACAUUUACCCCAGAUUGAACAGAAGGAUAGUGCGAACGGUAGGAAAAGAACCAAGGAUGGCUGUAAAAUACAAGCUGAACUCCAAGGUGAAGGUAAGUCCGUUUCUGAUGGCAACAUCCAUUGCUUUGUGAGUGAAAGUGGCCUCCAUAGAAGAAGACCCAAGGGGACCACAUUUAAAAGAAAAAUAUAGAGCCAGACUGGAAUUUGUUCAAAUGCCUAUUGACAAGCCACUAUCCUUCUGGUAGAAUGCCCUUUGGACAGGUGAGUAAAAAUGUUAGCUUUUUGCCAAUUCACAUCCGCUCUAUGUUUGCAGACAAAUAGAUUAAGCUUUGCCUAGGAUGUCUUGAAUUCGUGCAGGGCCCAAUUAAAUCUCAAGACUCUCAGGGCAUUCUGGAACUAAAUGUACUGUACACUGUCAGACAGCUCUCUCAAAGGUCAUUGGACUGUUCUGUCCAGUGGCCUUCUAUGAGUCCUGAUCUGAAUCCUAUCAAAUAUUUAUGGUAAGAGCUGAAACUUGCAGUCUGGAGAGGGCACCCAUCAAACCUGAGACAGCUGGGCAGUUUGCUCAGGAAGAGUGGGCCAAACUACCUGUUCAACAAGUGCAGAAGUCUUGUUAAAAGCUACAAAAAACUCUAAAGGUAGUGCAAGUAAAUAUUCUUAAUACAAACUAAAUAACUUCUGGAAGGGAAUAGAAACUUUCCCACGAGUUUCUCAGUUUUCUCCUGUCUUUGAGGUCUUGGUAAACCCUUUGACCCAGUUUUCAUCUUGGAAUAUGUGGGCCUGCCAAGGUAACGAUAGUUAUCGUUACAUUGACAAAGGAAACACUCAUGAUUGGAGGCAGGAUGAUACAGAGUUUGGGAUUUGCGGGUAACAUGUUAGGCACAAGGAUUUUGCUGGAAAUUGUGGUGGUUAUCUUAUUGCCAUGGUAACUCACUUUUGUUUGGGGCUCUGUGUAUUUGGUUCCCAGUUGUGGUUUCAGGGGUGAUUUGUGGGGAUUUGUGGAUUUCAAUGUGCUGGAAGUAAGAUGAGCUACUAGAAAUGAUGAAGUGUUCAACUUUUAGGGUGAAGGAAGUGGAUGUGUGUGUGCACCACUGCACUCUAGUCAAGCGGCAGAUCCCUCCUCCCCUUCCGCGGCCACCGCACAAUGUUCUCAGUGCAGUGCAGAGGGCUUGGGUUACCCUGGAAGGGCGAAGGAGCGGUGAUUUACAGUUGAAUCACAGGAAAGGAAGGCCUCCCACAUCAUGUGGAGGCUUUACCAGGCACCGUGUACAUCAUGGUGUUUUAUGAUUGCUGUAGUGGGGUGAUUUGUGCCCUGAUUCUUGAAGUAGACUUACAGUCAAAGCGUCAUUUAUGUGGAAACACAUCUGACACCCUUAAACCCCCAUAGACAGAAUCACACAGGAAAUGUCCCUGGUAGAAAUAUGCAAGGAGAGGGGAAGUGAGAAAGGAAGAAGGAUAUCUGUCAGCUGGAAAGCCCUGUUGACUGCCAUGUUCUACUGUGAGGUUGCAGUGACCCAGUCCAGCUCAGAUUCAUCGGGCUUUAGUGCUGGCUCUGACUUGAGCCAGCUAAGGAAAUGUGAUACUUAAAUUGUUCAAAAUUAGCUUCUUCCCUCUGUCUAAUAACACGUGAAGACAAAUGGAUUCCAAGAAGUUUGGAAAUGGAAACGGUUGGUUUGGAUGGCAAAGCAGACACAGAACACAGUUUUGUUAUGGUCCCACCACUCUUACUCUUUCUCUCUCCCACACACUUUCUGUCCCUCUCUCUUUCUAUUACUCAUUUACUUUUCCUCUCAAUCAGGCACCUUGUUUUC